AAUGUUGCCGUGUUUUAGGUGACGAAACUGUAGUUUAGAGAGGUAGACAGCUUGCCCGAGGCUGAUUUAUAGGCUACAGAACCACUUUGCAUGGAUCUAGGAUCAGAUGGGAAAGGGCACCGGAGGACCUUGAAGGACCUUUCCUGGGAGUCAGGUCUUUCCCAAGGCUGAUUCUAGUCUCCUGCCACAGUAGGUCACAGCCAGGCGAAGGUGGGGGUGACUAGAGGGAGGUGGAUAGAAAAAUAGUCCCACUCCAGUGUUCUGCCCCUGCCUGUCUGGGACUCCUUAAAAUCAGGACCUUAGAUCCUCCAUCCGUCUGACUCUUCAUAGAGCUCUAUUCCAGAAAAAGGAAAUGGCUGGACCUGGCAGUGUGGAGCUGUGACCACAGGGUGGCAGCAGUGCCCCAGCUGCAGAGGAUGGCUCCCAAGGCCUAGGUGAGGCAGGUCCUAAGCAGUUCUCUGGAGUGAAGAUGGAGUUCAUCUACAAGGAUUUCUUUUAGCUUCCUUAUGUAUCUAACUUUUCUUUCCACAGGCAAAUCUCAUAGUAGUGACUCCCUUUGUAACCCUCCAAGAGGCACAUUUGAAACAGGUGCGAAUGGGCUGGGCGACCCUGACUGCAACCCCAGCCAGGGGAGAAAGCAGGCUGUGUCAUCCUGGCCGACUCUGACCUGGGCUCUUUCCCCCACUCCCUCUGUUCUAGGACACAAUACCUACCUAGCCCUUCCUGACAGGACUUUAUUUAUGCUUUUAUUCUAUAAGUUAGAAAAGAGAGGUGAUCAAUUGGAGCUCUCCGACCUGUUGAGGGAUUGGGCGUUCUUAAACGCCCCCUAGGGCCUGGCUCUGACAAAGCAUCUGCAAUUAAUGAUGCUUCUUGAGCUCUGGAGACAGGAUUUAUGCAUCUAAUAAAGUCUGUAACUUCAGGCUUAGGGGCUGGGGCCGGAGGCUGGGAGCAGGAAGUCCCGGAGGGGCCAUGGGAGGGGAUCCCAGGGGCUCUUAAUGGAGCAGUGCAUUUCCAUUGCCUGCUCUGUAUUUCUCCUGAGGCUGCUGUGGGGUGGGGGACAGGGGCACAGCAGGUAUAAGAGGCAGAGGUGGCUGUCGGAAGGCAGAUGAUGGCAUGGAUUCCAGGCAGGCAGCAGUGCUGCUGGUGGUGCUGCUUUUAAUAACAGACUGGGGCCACGCUGGAGAACCAAGCGACCUGGAUGGAGGUCAGAUCUUCACGGAGGAAGACCCUGGACCCCUCCCAGCACAAGAUUCUGAGACCACUAGGUCACUCUUGCUCUCCCUGCUCCAGAGCAUGCAGAGACCCAGCCGGAGCUCAGCCUUCCUGUUUCAGCCCCAGAGGUUCGGCAGAAACACCUGGGGCUCCUGGAGGAACAAACGGCUGAGCACCCGAGCUGGGGAGGGGCUGAGCUCCCUGUUCUGGAGUCUGGCUGCCCCUCAGCGCUUUGGGAAGAAAUGACAAGUCAUCAUCCCUUGAUAUGUUUGCAUGC